CUAUGAGGAAAUGAGACAGCAGACGACGUCUCUCGGCAGCUGAUUUUUCCUGCUUUUCUACAACGAGAAAAACCAACAACCGCCUAAAGAGAUAUGGCCUCAGCGAACAUUUCCCUAUCUGAAGAACAAUUUAAGUGUUCAAUCUGUCUGGAUGUUUUCACUGAACCCGUUUCCACUCCUUGCGGACACAACUACUGCAAGGCCUGCAUCAUGGGCUACUGGGCCCAGAGAGACGUCAGCCUUUGUCCACUGUGCAAGGAGAGUUUCCCUAGAACCCCCGAGCUGCGAGUCAACACAGAAUUCAGAGACAUGCUGGAGCUUUUCAAUACAACAAGAGCUGCAGGUGAUGACAGUAGUUCCCCUGCUCGGCCUGGGGAGGUCCCCUGUGACUUCUGUCAUGGGAUGAAGCGUAAGGCUCUGAAAUCCUGCCUGGUUUGUCUGGCCUCUUACUGCAGUGCUCACCUGCAGCCACAUCAUACCGUUCAGGCCUUAAAGUGGCACAAGCUGAUCAACCCCGUGAGUAACCUCGAGGACAGAAUGUGCAAGAAACACAACAAGAUGAUAGAGUUCUUCUGCAGCAAAGAUCAGAGCUGUGUUUGCAUGGUGUGCCUGAGGGAUGAUCAUGCGAUGCAUGAAGCCGUGUCUUUAGAGGAGGAGUUUAAGGACAGGAAAACUAAGCUGGAGUGUAUGAAAAUGAAAGUCAACCACACUCUGAGCGAGAAGCAGGUCAUGUCUCAGAUGAUUCAAAACUCAAUGAAGCAAGGUUGGCAGGUAAUGGAGAGAACAAAGGCAGAAAUUGCAGAGGCCUUUGCGGCUCUGGAGGCCUCGAUUGAGACCAAAAAGCUGAAGCUUAUUGGGCUGUUGGAAAAGAAGCAGAGAGCCGCAGAGCGGCAGGCUGAAGCUCUGGUCACACAACUGCGGCUAGAGAUCGCUGAGACCCGUCAGAUAAGUACUAAGCUGGAGGGGCUCUCAAAGACUGAGGAUGACUUCAGACUCCUCCAGGACCUCCCAUCCAUCUCCUCCCCUUCAAACUCAAAACACCGCUUUAUAGCCACAACCCAAAGCCCCCUGCAUGUGGAGUCUGUGAGGAGUACGGUGGCCAAGAUUGAGGAGAUGCUCAACAAACACAUGGAGGAUAUUAUCAGAGAAGCCAACCUGGUAGAUGAAGAGGAGCGAGUUGAAGAACUGACGGAUGUGAUUGACGAUGAGCUUGGGACAAUCCAGAAGCAAUAUUCAAUAAAAGUGACACUGGACCCCGACACAGCACACCCCUCCCUCAUCAUCUCAGAGGACAGGAAAGAAGUGUGGUAUGGAGGCACAAAGAGGCCAAUCCCCGACGUCCCCGCAAGGUUUGACACCCUCCAUUUUGUCCUUGGAAAUGAGGGGUUUUCCUCCGGCAGGUUCUACUAUGAAAUCACGCUUAAAGGGCAAACAGGAUGGGAAGUUGGAGUGGCAAGAGAGUCCAUAAGCAAGAAAGGUGUUGAGUUGUCUCUCAGCCCUGAAAAGGGAUGCUGGACAUUGGGCUCAUACUGGGGACGUUGCCAGGCUAACGCAAAUCCUCCCGUCAUCCUGGCCUUGUCUGAAAAGACCCAGAAAGUCGGGGUGUUUGUGGAUUAUGAAGGAGGGUUGGUCUCUUUCUACGACGUGGAUACUAGGACUCUUGUCUACUCUUUUACACAAUGUGCUUUUACAGCAAGUGUCCCGUUUCUGAGUAAUUUAUUAGCAUUAAGGGUUAUAACCGGCACCCCAACAAAGACCAGGAUCUACCCUAUAUUCCGACCCAGCUGCGAGGACGGGAGUAUCUCUGCUCCUCUACAGAUCACUCCUGUCAGAUACACAAAAGGAAAGUAGUGAUCCACCUUGUUAAACUCAAGCUCUACUCGCAGAGACAAGUUUAGCUGGUGGCUCCUCCUAUGAUUUGUAAUGAUUGUGUUUGCAUUCUGUCAAUGAAAUGAUUCAGAAGGGUUGGAUUACCUGCUUUAGCAACGCCCUCAAAAGAAAACUGCGAUGUUCUCUUCAGAACAGAUUUGAGUUUAUGAUGAGUUUCUAAUUGAACAAAUAAACAACAUCAGUGGGUGAAUGUUACAACACAGAUGACGAAAGUAAUCGAGUAUGGAAGGUUCCUCUUGACAUUUGGGAACAACAUAUGUAACAAAAUAAUCUGAGAUCAAUAGGGAUUAUUUGCUGCAUUUAAAGAUUUUUUUUAACUUCAAAUACACUGUAGAGCACAUGUCACUGGAUUGUAAAACUUUUUUCUUUUACAUUUUCUCAGAAUAAAGAACCCAAAAUAUUUUAUGCCAUAAACCUACAAAUAAUGAGAGUUCAAUAGGUUAAAAAGGAAGUUUUUAUUUUAUCAUGAAUUUGGAUUUUCCCUUUCACUAUUUGAUAGAGAGAUGUACACAC